CGCGGUUCUUCUACUUCCUUCUUCCGGCCGUCGCCGCUUUUGGGGAAAGGGCGCUGGGUGCCGCCUUUUUGCCGGACUGCGGUGGACGCGGCGAUGGCGAAGCACACGGUCUCCUCCGCGCGCUUCCGCCGCGUCGAUGUGGACGAAUACGAUGAGAACAAGUUCGUGGAUGAGGAAGACGGCGGGGAUGGGCAGGUGGGGCCGGACGAGGGCGAGGUGGACUCGUGCUUGAGGCAAGGAAAUAUGAUGGCAGCCUUACAGGCAGCUCUGAAGAAUCCUCCAAUUAAUACAAAGAGUCAAGCUGUAAAGGAUCGUGCAGAGAGCAUUGUCCUGAAGGUGCUCAUCUCUUUCAAAACCAAUGACAUUGAAAAGGCAGUGCAAUCUUUGGAUAAAAAUGGAGUUGAUCUAUUAAUGAAAUAUAUCUACAAAGGUUUUGAGAGUCCCUCUGACAACAGCAGUGCUGUAUUGCUGCAGUGGCAUGAAAAGGCUCUUGCUGCUGGAGGUGUAGGUUCCAUUGUCCGUGUCUUAACUGCCAGGAAAACAGUUUAAGUCCAGCAAAAAAUCCCCUUCUGCCAUGGGUAUUGGAAAUGCUGGUACAAGACCAAAAAAACAAUUGCCAUCACUGCCCUGUGGGUAGCAUCUGUCUCUCUCGGCUUGCCUUUUUGCUUUUUCAUAUCUGUGGCUUAAUAGAUAUAUCAAACUUUUUGUGAAAUGUUGGAUAAAUGUAAAAAUGAAAAUUUGUUUUUAAGAAGAAACCUACAAAGUGUUUUAAUAACAAAUGCAAAUUUUUGCAUUGGAGUUAAAUUUUCAGAAAAUCAUGACAAGUCACUGCCUUUUCCUCUUCAGGUGAAUCUUCUGAGCAGAUGGCAGGGAUUGACAUCAACAUUUUAAAUUCCUUAGCUAGUCAGGCAGCAUUCCAUGUAUUCUGUCGCAGGUGGGAAUCACUUAAAAUUGAGAAGGGGGGGGGGAAGCAGGCUUUGCAUUUUUUAGUCAAAUGCUAAAACUUUGCCACUACCUGGCAAAAGGUCUGUGGAAAGGUUUGUGCAUUGUGUAAAUGUUUUUAUAACAGUUGAAUGCAACCAUUCCUAAAGACUUCAUUACAAUCACUGUUUUUGCGAUGAGUUAUUUAAGGAAAGGAACAGAUCAUGUGAGGGAAUUCAGUUUAACAGUUGCCGCUUGAUAAUGUAAUAUGUGUAAAAGAGGAUUAGGGCAAAACUACAUACUGCGUUUGACUGGGGCUGCUGCCAAAGAAUUUUUCUUUGGGAUGACAUUUUCCCUUACUUUCUAACUUUCAGUUACCUCUUGCACCAUUCUCUGAUACUGUUUUUGUGUGUACAUAACAAAAUUUGCAAUUAAUAUGACACCAGAAUGUGGGACCACAGAUUCUAUAUGUUAUACUGGAGCAGUGAGAGAAACGUCACACAGGGAUGCUAAAUUGGUAUUAUUCCCCCUAGCAAUUUAAUGUAUAGUUUUAUUUGAAAAUACAGACAUUCCUUGAUCAAUAUUCAGGUACUGUGACUUAGAGAUCUUGAAUUUUGCUCUUAUUAUGGUCAUGUUCCAAGUUGUAUUAAGUAAGAUGAUGUCUAUAACAGUAAAGCAUGAAUUUCCUAAAAGAUGUAGAGCAUUCCAGAAUGAAAGCAGCUUGAAUGUGACUUUGGAGCAGAGCUCACUAGUAUAUUCCAUUUACAUUUAAUGGAAUUAUGAAGAUUUUGCUCAUUUUUAUAUCUGCUUUUUUUGUAAAAUGAAAAAUAAUAAAAUGGUCACUGUUAAAUAUUAA